AUGUCCAACAUGAUGCAUAAGGUGAAGGAGGCCUUGACUGGCCACCAUGGUGACUCCCACACAACGAACCAUGGGCCUCAUGACUCCAAGGCUGCCAACAAGGUCGAUCCUCGGGUCGAUAGUGACCGUGACAACCGCGCUCGCCAUGAGGCCAUGGGAGGUACUGCUGGUCCUCAUACAUCCGACACUGCCAACAAGCUCGACCCUCGUGUAGACAGCGACAGAGACAACCGUGGAAACACCACUUCUGGCGCCUAUGGUAGCAGCAACACCUACGAAACCACUAGCAACACCUACGGAUCCAGCAACACUUAUGAAAAUACAAGCAGCAAUGCUGGUCCUCACGGCUCCAACGUUGCCAACAAGCUUGACCCACGUGUCGACAGUGACAGAGACAACCGUGGUACUACCGGCGGCUACGGCACAGGCACUACCGCUGGCAACACUUACGGCAGCACCAGCUCCAACGUCGGCCCCCACGACUCCAACAUUGCCAACAAGCUCGACCCACGGGUUGACUCCGACGCGGACAACCGUGCCCGUCACUCCGCCAUGGGAGGCACCGCCGGACCCCACGGAUCCGACUUGGCGAACAAGCUCGAUCCCCGCGUCGACAGCGACAGAGAUAACCGUGGCCUGGGUACUGGCACUGGCGCCUUCGGCUCCGGAACCGGAACUGGAACGACAGGCUACGGCACCACUUCCUCAAACGUUGGACCUCACGACUCCAACAUCGGCAACAAGCUCGACCCUCGUGUGGACAGUGACCAGGACAACCGCGCUCAUCACCAGGCUAUGGCUGGCAGCAGCUACACUGGCGCUGGCGCUGGCACUGGCACUGGAGCUACGGCUGGUCCUCAUGGCUCCAACGUCGCGAACAAGCUCGACCCUCGUGUCGAUUCCGACUUGGACAACCGUGCCACCAUGGGAACUCAGCGUGGUUUCUAA